AUGGAGGCCAUCCGCCAGAGAAUCCAGGCUCAAAUCCCUGAAAACAUCAAACAGCUUCCGGGAACACUGAAGCCCAAACCGCCCACUCAUCUGGAGAAUGGCGCAGAGUCCAUCCCCGCUUCCCUCGCGCCCACAGUCGUCUCCCCCACCCUGCCGACCCCGACAGUCGGGCACGAGGGCGCCGUCUUCACCAUUGCCUACGCCACCCCUAUUGCGGCACCGCCCCUGACCGUCCUCGCGACCUUCAUCAACCCGGCGACCUACCCCUCCUGGAAUCCCGUGACGCCUCGCGUAACCAUAACCCGUCCUGCCGUGUCGCCGGUCCCUCCCCUCCUCGCAGAGUCCUCCGUCGCCAAUUCCAACCCGGCAGAGCUCAUGCUGGAGAGCACCCACAUCACCUUUGAAGUGCACAUGAACCUUGAUCCGGCCAAGUCCACAACCAACUCCACUUGUGUCAUCACCAAACUCGAGGAUUUCAACAAGGUGACCACCACUUCCACGGGAGAACACAAGGGACGCAAGGGGUACAGGGUGGCCUGGAAGACCACUGGGUACGCGCCGCCGGCGUUCCUGCUGCGCAUAGAGCGUGUGCACGAGUUCCUCGAGAGCGAGGACGGCACCGGCACCGAGUACCGGCAAUACGAGACCUUCUUCGGCCCCGUGGCUCAUCUGAUGCGGCUGACGAUGGUCAGCCAGCUCGAGACAACGGCUAACGCGUUCAUGGAUGGGCUGAAGAAGUUUGUCGAGAGCGGCGGAACGGUCACUACCACUAACAACGAGGAGACUGCGGCAGCCGCCGCCCCAGCUAGUGCUGCUCCGGCCACUACCGCUCCUGCUGCGGCUACUCCUGUGGCGGCUGCUCCUGUUGCGGCUGCCCCGGCUACCGCUGCUGCAUAA